CACAUAUUUGCACCUAAAAUGCGCCUUCUAGUGCCGCUGUCCGGCCUCCUCCUGACCGUGGCCGUCGCUUCUCUACCCGAUCCCCUGAUUUGCGAGGAGUCGAUUGACGGUCAAACGCCUUAUUCAUCCGAUACCAUCCCCUGUAUUUUGGGGUGUCAUAAUGGUGUUGCUGCCGCGACUGGAACCCUCCUCCCAGGUUCUCUCAACACCACCGCGAUCCCGUACUGUUACCUCGAUUGUGUGAGAAAGGAUGCGACGCCGUCGCAAUCGGCUCUGGCGCCCGAAUGCAGCUCAGCCUGCGAGAACGGACACAGCGCAAGUCCCGAGGAGCUAGGAUGGUGUGUCUAUUGGUGCGUGGACGGGUACCGGGAUAUCGUGGAGUCCACCACUUGCGUCCCACAUAUAGAAUAUAUUACGGUUUCGUCAACCGUGAUCGACGGGUACACCGAGCCUUUACUUGUGUUGACUGAGCCGGCGGCGUGGUCGAGUUGGUAUGCGACGCAAACAGUUCUUCCCAAAACUACAACAGAUGGAGAAUCGGUUACGCAGACAAGCGUUUCAACGCAAAGUACAACCUCAUCGGUCUCCUCGACUGGCGCUACGGCGAAAUCAACGCAAGAAAACACGUCGCAGGCUACUUCUGCCGGCACGACAACCACUUCAGGGACAAGGGCUGAGCUGUUUCCCAUCACUUCCACCGGUUUGGCAGAAGAAGAAACCGCGAAACCAACAAGUAAGGGUAGUGAAGCAACCUCCCUUUAUCCUGGAGGCCUGGCAAUGGUGGCGUUCUUAUGUAUGCUGGUGGUGAUGUAAAUCCCAUCGAUCUUUCUGUACACCGUAAGAAUAUGAAAUUGAUGUCUUAUGAUAAGUCUAAAAUGUGGAACUUGUCCUUUCCUUUGAUAGAUUCGGUCAAUAUUUGCCGAUAAAAUAGGGCAGCCUAGGAUGUUACUUUCUUGAUAUCCGUGCCCUAGUGUUGA